AUGCCCCGUCCACCUAUGCAAUACGGGCCAAUGCCUCUAGCACCUCAGCCCGAGGGCUCACCCUUAGGCCUAGGUGCGUCGUUAGUGGACAACAAAGACCUCAUGUAUGCCUCACCAGGUGAUAACGGAUCACGCAGCAGUGACAAGGAUGCGAACCAUGAAACCAGACGCAGCGCACAUAUCCUUGCGGAGCAGAAGCGGCGGAACAAUAUCAAGGUUGGCUUUGAGGAACUGCAGCAGAUCAUUCCCUCGUGCCAAGUGACGCCGAAUAGCAAAUUCAGCAAAGCCAGUAUACUGCAAAAGGCGAUAGACUAUGUGGGAUAUCUUAUACGUCAGAAGACUGGACUGCUGGACGAAUUAAACAAGUUACGGAAAGAGGUGCAACAGUUGCGAUCCAUCAUCGACGAGUACAAUAAGUUGGGAGGGACCAAUGAGAUCGAGGAGAGGGCUAAGAUGUUCAAUGAAGCCGUGGAAGGGUUUAAUGAGAUACCGGAUAUGUACAGCAAGGACAACAUCAAGUUCUUUGUGUUCUGCCAUGUUGUCGACAAGCUAUUCGAGUCCUUCAAUGCGAAAGUGUCGUUGGAGUCCUCGGAAGUUUUCUCCAAGACCCUGCUGGAGUGGUUCGAGCAAUACUGUGCUCCAGAUGCUCUACGUGAAACGUUUAUGAUCUCGCUGCAGAGUAUGGGCACGUCUUUAUUCACUGAUGAGUCUACUGAAAAGUUCAAGCGGUGGGGCGGGGCACUCUCCGCGUGCAAGGAUGUCAUGGUAACGCAUCUGGACAAUAGCCGGAUACCUAUGGCCAAAACAUUAGGACAGACUAUCGACCGUACCGCCGGUUACUUGGGAGCCACAGAAACAUUAGGUACAUCUCCACCAAUUGCUAUUGCUUUACCGAAGGAGGCCGAGACACCUGCCAUCUCGGGUACGAGUACAACCACAACCACAACCACAACCACGAGUACAAAUACGACACAUACCGCAUCAGCGCUCAACCCCGCACCAACGCCUAUCCCCAUACCACGCAAUACCAACAUGGACAUGAAUGUGGAUGUGACUACGAACCGGAACUCAAACCAGACCUCUGUAUAG